AUGACCAUGACUAUCGAGUGUGUCAAGAAGCCCUACCUCGGCAUCAAAGUUCAGGGCCUGACCACAGAUCUGAGCUCUGUCGCCUCAUUUUCUUCAACGUGGAAUCGAUCACUCUCAGUGCGCUCGAAAAAGAGCACCAGCGGCAGUGGGGAGAAGUCCGCGCCCAAGCACCGCUUUACUAUGGCUUCACUCCGAGGUACUCAGCAGCCGGAACUCUCGAAGAGGCUGUUCAAGAUCAUCAAAUCGGAGAACCACGCGAUUGGUGCCUACGAGGCUGCGGCACGCGAACGGGUCGGAAUUGCUCAGCAGCUCUCCGAAUGGGGCGAGGCUACAGAAGACGAGUCGAUUUCGGAGGUCUCGGACAAGCUCGGAGUGUUGCUCGCAGAGAUCGCAGAGCAAGAAGAUAUCUAUGCGCAACAAUUGGAGGAAUAUCGAGGCGUCCUGAAGCAGAUUCGCAACACAGAAAGCUCGGUGCAGCCAAGUCGCGAUCACAAAACUAAGGUUUCGGAUGAGAUCGCGAAGCUGAAAUACAAGGAACCUCAGAGUACUAAGAUUCCCCAGCUCGAACAGGAGCUCGUCCGCGCGGAGGCUCAGAGCUUGGUGGCCGAAGCGCAGCUCACCAACAUUACCCGUCAGAAGUUCAAGGAGGCAUACGACCACCACUUCGCAGCCACCAUCGAACGUGCUGAGAAGCAGAUCAUCCUAGCCAAGCACGCUCGCCGUCUCUUGAACCUCGUCGACGAUACGCCCAUUGUACCUGGCGAUGUACACCCUCCAUUCGCAGAGGCAGAAACAGCGCGCCAAGUCCUCAAUGAUGCUGAAGAUGAUCUUCGCCAAUACCGAUUAGAGGUCGAGCCUAUCCAUUCGAGUGCAGGUAACCUCGGAGUGGGUGCAAUGCCAGGCGCAGCAGCACCGGGAGUCGGACUAGGGGGGACAACUGGCACGCCGGGUCCCGAAUCUACUACCUAUGGGAGUACAGUACGAAGUGAGAGUCCUGUGGGCGAGCAGUUUGACAAGGCGGGUUCCGCUCCUUACCCCUUGGAAGAGGCUGACAGGGUAGAGAGGCUGGAAAGGCAACAGGAGGAGGCUCCCAGACAGGAGGUUUCCAACGUGGCCUAA